AACACCUUCCUGCGUCCAUUGUUCCUCCCCUCUUCCUCUUGCUUCCUUCAAUAACUUCGCAUUUCUCUCUCUCUAAGCUUUGCAUCCUCAUACCUUCUUCUUAAGCCUUAGCAUCAUUGAUUUUUCCGUUUAGGGUAAGCUAUAUGGCUUCGCUUAUUUUUUCAUGCAGAACAUUUUGGUUCUUUUCUAUUUUUCAUUGCCAUGAAUCCUUAACUUUUGCUUCAUCAUUAUUGAAACAUAAUUAACCUUAACCCAUUGUUGCCAUGAUUAUGAUUUUGGCAUCUUGUUUGGGAAUUCACAAAAUUCACUUGCAAUAAGAACCAUUACCACACCAUAACUCUGUUAUUUAGAAAUGUGGCCUAGUUUAUAAAGCGAUUCUACUUCUAAACAUUUUAACAGUUUAUGUUCCUUGCUAUGACGAAGCCAAAAAUUAUGCAUUGCUGUAAAGUUAUAUCUUUUCUUUAAUAAUAAUCUGCUUUGUUUCUUCGGUUCCAUCCAGAAGGUUUGUUAAAUAAGCAAAUUUUGUACUUUCAAAAGGUGAUGCACUUUUGGAAGUGAUUUUCUGUCGCAUGAACUCUAUUCAAAGAUUAUAUUAAUGGGUUUGUGACCUUCCAUACAAGUCUUCCUUGCUUUGGUGUCCAUAUCUUAUGGUUUCUUAAGUCAUAUAUUUUAUGAUUGAAAGCAACUUUUUACGCUUUCACAAGUCUCUGUAAGUUCUGUGCCCCAAAGAGGCACUGUUUCACUAUUUCUUUUUAAUUCAACUCUUUCCACUGGUUGUGGAUUGUCCACUCAGUAACUUCCCAAAUGAUUUGGAUUGGUCCUCUGAUUGUCUCCCCUUAUGCAUACUUUUGCCACUUGUGGUGCUAAUCUGAGUCAAUAAGAGCAUUUUUUUUCUGUCCAUGACGAUCUGUGGAUAGAGAAUCAAAUUGAAUUGUCAUAUAAAUUAUGGUAGGUUCAAGUUGUCAUUGAACAUAGUGCUCAUUUUGUUUUCUGUUCUAUGUUUAAGGCUUUGUGAUUGAAAUGGAGUACGAGGACCGCUUCAGACAAGAAGCUCAGAGACCAAAAUAUGAUUGCCUUCUUUUUGAUUUAGAUGAUACUUUGUAUCCCCUCAGAUCUGGUCUGGCAAAAGCAUGUCUACAAAAUAUUAAAGAUUACAUGGUUGAGAAGCUUGGCAUAGAACCAAGCAAAAUUGAUGACUUGUCCAACCUCCUUUACAAGAAUUACGGAACAACUAUGGCUGGUCUAAGGGCAAUUGGGUAUGACUUUGACUAUGAUGAAUAUCACAGUUUCGUUCAUGGGAGAUUACCUUAUGAGAACUUAAAACCAGACCCAGUUUUGAGGAACUUGUUGCUGAACCUGCCCUAUAGGAAACUUAUCUUCACAAACGCAGACAAAGUCCACGCUGUUAAGGCGCUUAACAGACUUGGAUUAGAAGAAUGCUUUGAAGGAAUCAUAUGUUUUGAGACCCUUAAUCCUAUCCAUAAAAGUACUGUCUCUGAUGAUGAAGAUGACAUUGAAUUUAUGGGUUCAAGGACCCUCAAUCCCACCACUAGCAAUGCUACAAGCACCUCUCAAAUCUUUGACAUCAUAGAGCAUUUUGCUCAGCCCAAUCCCAGUGCAGUGUUGCCAAAGACACCAAUUAUUUGCAAACCAUCAGAAAAUGCCAUUGAAUUGGCCCUUAAGAUAGCCGACCUUAACCCACAAAGAACUUUGUUCUUUGAAGAUAGUGUCCGCAACAUACAAGCUGGAAAACGUGUGGGACUUCAUACUGUGCUGGUUGGUUCAUCGCAAAGAGUUAAAGGUGCUGAUUAUGCCUUGGAAAGCAUUCACAACCUUAAAGAGGCAGUGCCUGAACUAUGGGAAGCUGACAUAAAAUCAGAAGUUGCAUACCCUGGGAAGCUAGCUGUGGAGACAUCUGUCACAGCUUGAUAUUAUGUGCAUGGAAUCCCCUUUAAUAUUGUUCAUUUAAUGCAUUGAAAAUCCAAUCACCAACUAAAAAGAACAAAUCAGAGAAGCCCAUGGGAAUUCCCCCACUUCAGAUGUAGUAAUUGUAGUUGAUGUAGAUGCUUUAUAAGAUUGUAAUAAAUUACAAAAUAAAAUAAAUUCUACUUUUUGGCCUUACGAUAUUAACAAUGUCUAUAACUAAUUCCUUCCUCAUUCAGCAAAAAUCCCCAGAGAUUUAGUUUUGUGGUGAAUUUUCCAUUAAACAAAUUAUUGUUAUAGCAGGUCAAGCAAAAUAAACUUCACGCCCAAUAAUAUCUGGAGUAAAUAUUUGACUGAAAUAAGAAAUAAAAUCAAGUUACAUGAUAUAAAUUAAAUGCCAAAUAUCUCAAAUUGUGAUCUUACAGUUGAGGGAAUCGCGAUAUGGAAAACAAACCUUGUGAAAAAGAAGAUAUUAAUUAAAAGAAAUUGAAGAAGUCGUGAUUUGCAUGUAUUGUUAAUAUUUUUUAUGUAUAGUCAAAAGAGAUAAAAGGAAAGGAAACAAAGGUUCGAUUGUUUAAUGAGCCAUGAGAGAAUUAUGAUAUAUAUAAUAUUUAAUAAAUUGGGUUAACUUCACUUGUACACACAAAAACUUUGGAGAGAGUACUCUAUGUUUUGGCUGCUUCAACCCAUUUCAUGUGUGAAUUAUCUAUAUAAUACAUUUCACGUGAAUUGCGUCGCAAUUACGCGUUGUAAAUUGUUCAUAGCAAUAUUAAUGGGAAGCUGAAACGGUCAAUGCCACAUUCUUGUCAUGCUGCAGUACAGUAUUUUAUAUUAAACAGACUGCUAGGUAAAGUAGGUUUGACGGAUAAUAUAAAACAUAGCAUGUUUAAAGUACGCGUCAUUAAACAAUAUUUCACUUCAUAAAUAAUUUUGAUUGAACGUACGUUCCCAAGUUUGGUUUCUUUUAUAAAAUUAUUAAAAUAUGGCUUUUUAAAAAAUAUUACAUGAAUAUAAAUUUUGUUUAGAAAAACGUCGGGACAAUUUUUAAAGACAUAAAAAUCACUUAAAAGAUUGUCUUUAGCGAGUUUUAAAGAUUAAAAAUAAUUUUUAUACCUCCCAAAAUUGUGAAUGAUGAGUCUUUUUUUAAAAAAAUAAAAUAAAAUCCAAAAUCGUUAUCG